CUGAAUGGAAAGCUAUUUCAGAAGUUGAUUUGCAAAGGUUACAGAUAUGCUAAUAGACUUUCAGAUUAUUUAGAAGAUAUUGGAACUAUAUGUAUCAGUGAUUUUGAGCUGGAUCCCUUAGCCGACUUCUACUAUCCAGCCUUAAUUCCGCCCUUAUCUAUCUUAGCAAGUAGAUCAGAUAUUCAUAAAAACUUCCCUAUUACUGUGGACUCUGCUGUUGAGGGUGAGAUGAGUUUAUUUACCCUCGAAAAAAAUAAACGAUCUUUGCUUCAAAACUUAAUGGAAAUGAAUUACGGUAACCUAUCUACAUUGGUAGAGAUAACUUGGGAGCGUGAGGAGACAAAAGCUUGGAGUAAUUACAUACUCGUGAAAUUCCUUCAUCAUCCAAAUUUGGUUCCUUCAAAGUAUAGGCCAAAUUCUUUAUACAACGCAUUCACCAAGACUAGUGUUUUAGGGUCAGAACAUAUAUUGGCUCUAGCGCGAGCAUUAUGCUAA